UGUUCUUCGGCCGCAGACGCUUUUGUUGUUGUCCUUCCGCUCACGGCGCACACACGGAGCUACUUUUGCACAAAAAUCUCCUCUUUUCUGUCGCAUCUCUGUGACUUUUCUGCACUUUUGAGCCGCUUUUCCCGCAGAAACAUGGCGUGUGCGCGGACCGUGCACUGAGCCGCGCGAGCACAAGUUUACGAUGGAGGAGGGGAGCGGCGCAGACCUGGGGGCGCAGGCCUGUGGGGGGCGCUGUGACGUGGGCCUGCAGUGGGAGGAGCCUGAGGAGCGGCGCUGUGACGUGGGCGUGCAGUGGGAGGAGCCUGAGGAGCGGCGCUGUGACGUGGGCGUGCAGUGGGAGGAGCCUGAGGAGCGGCGCUGUGACGUGGGCGUGCAGUGGGAGGAGCCUGAGGAGCGGCGCUGUGACGUGGGCGUGCAGAGCGACACCCAGUGGUGUGAUGUGGCGGUGCAGGUGGAUCUGGUCGGCCUGAGCUGCAGGACUCCAGGUUCCGGGGACGUGCCGUGGAGCUGCGUGGCGCUGCGUCCUGAGCAGACAGAAGGGGGCGCUCUGUGGCACUGCUGCGUUCACGGGAACGGCCUCCUCGCCCCUCCCCCCUCUGCCGCUCUGCUCUGCCCCUCCCCCUCCAGGACGCCCGACGCCACGCUCCAGACUACAGUACCCAGCAUGCACCCCUCCUCUCCAGAGCUGCAGUCGUCUGUGAGAUCACCCAGCAUGCCGUCCUGCGGAGACUCGCCCUCCUCUCACCACCAGGGGGCGGGGCCUGGGGGGGCGGGGCCUCAGAGCGCCGCGCUGGGACCUGAGGGGGCGGAGCCUCAGAGUGCCGCGCCGGGACCCGAGGGGGCGGAGCCUCAGAGUGCCGCGCCGGGACCCGAGGGGGCGGAGCCUCUCGCGCCCGACGGGUUCAUGGCUCCUCUCAGCUCCGACGAAGACGCACCGCAAAGACGAGAUGAGAAGUCGUCCGACGCUGUGAUCAAAAAACGCCGACGUCGUCCCAAAAACUCUGCGUCGCUUUCAGACCCGGAAACGACGCCGACGCAAAAACGCCGCAACAAAACGGGAAGAGCCGCCGGCCUCCCGCUCCGAUACCUGGACUACGACCUGGAGUCAUGUGACCAGCUCCCGGCCAAUAAGCAGCAGGGGGAGAGCGGCGAGGGGGCGGGGCCUGGCAUGAAACAGGAAAACACGCCGAAAAUUGACAAAAAAGUGCUGUUCCUGCCGUAUUACAAACAGUCGCUUAAUCUGAAGGAGCUGGCUGAGUUCCAGAACAUGGCACGGCAGCAGUGCAAAACUCUGCAGGAGGAAGACCAUUGGCCGAACGGCGCGUCGGUCGUCACGCACGCCGCGCUGGAGCCGUUAAAGCCCCGCCCACUUUCCCCGGGGACGGUUUUAGAUCUGAACGUGGCGGAGAAGCCGCGCCUCCUGCCGCUGAAGCUCAAAAAACUCAAGAACAACGCCAAGUCCCGCCCGCCCGCUUCCAAAAAGACUCCCGACUGGUCGAUCGAGAACGCGGCGAUUAAAGAAGAGCUGACGGGCGACGAGAGCGGCGCUUCGGAAAGUCCUGAUUGGUACAAAGCAAAAAUUAAACGGAUAAAAGUGAAAAAGGAGCUCGAGUUGUCAAAGUUUAAGAAAGUAGUCGUUAAACAAGAGGAUGGAUCCGACGGACAAGCGGACGUGGAUUAUUCAAACUCCAUAAAACUCAAAGAUGAAAAUUUGGGCACGAAACGCAACAAAAACAAAGAAAAACGGGAGAAUUCCGAUGUCGCUACAACUGGCAGCGACGAGAAUAAUGACGCGCUGAUCCAUGUCAAGCGAAGACGCGGGAGACCCAAGAAAAGAGCCGAGAAUCCCGAGGAGAUUAAGCAGGAGGACGCCGCGCUCCAGGAGGACGGAGGGACGACGUUAACGGAGCCGCUGGACAGACCGCGGCGCGCCACCGUCCGACCGCCCGUCCGAUACUCGCCGGAGACCGAGGAGCUGUGCGCGUGGAGGCAGGAGACGCUGAAGCUGGGAGACGUGCUGAACGGCGACGCGGACGCGGCGGGGAUGGUGAAAAAGGUCAAAAUAUUAAACGGCGACGCGGACGACGCGGAGAGGAGAGCGCGGAGGGAGAGUUCGGAACGCGCGACGGAAAUCAAAUACGAAUACGAAGACAUCGAGGACAUUUACGUGCUCAGAGAGGACGAGUACACGCCGGGACACGGGCAGCCGCAGUGGGCCAAGAGCAGAGACGACCUGAGGAUAAUCGAAACGGAUCACGUGAGGGGCGGGGCUUACGACGACGACGAGCAGGGCCAAUGGGAGUGGAGGAAAGGAGGAAACGGAGCGGACGGCGAGUGGGUCAGCGUAGAGCAGAGGAGGAGGGUGCGCAGGAAAAGACGCCGCGAAAAUCUGGUCACGGAUUUGAGCCGAAAAGUGGUGAGUAAGUUUUUGGUUUUCAGAGACGAGGAGACGAGCGCCGUGACGCUGAUCCCGCCGUGCGCCGUCAAACUGCACAAACUGACCAACAGAGAAACAGACAUGAUCGUGUAAACCAGCCAAUCGGAGAGGGUCUGACCACUCUAAGCCCCGCCUACCCUCCCCAGACGGCGGGAUGAAACUCUGCUACUAUUUUUAUAACUCUCCGAAACAUAAACUGAACCUAAAGUCUUUGCCACUGGCUGUAAACUAUUGAAAAAGACUUUAUUUUGUACUUUUUUUUUUAUGACGAUUUUGAUAAACCAACAUAGUCCCGCCCCUCACACACAGCGGCUCACCUGAUUGGUCCGUCGCCCCGUCAUUCAAAGCUGCUAUUUUCAAUUUGACAAAAACUAAAAAAUGUGACUUUUUGUUUUUAUUUGUUUAUUUUUUGUUUUUUUUAUUUCCAGUUGAAAAAAGUGAGUUUUUAUUACAUCAUCACAUCUAAAGGUCCUUUGACAAGAACAGAACCAACAGAGACUAAACCGGGACUAAACCGGGACUAGACCAGGAUUGGACCAGGACUGAAAAUGGACUAAACCGGGACUAGAAUGGGCCUAAACCGGGACUAAACUGGGACUAAACCGGGACUAAACUGGGACUAAACCAGGACUGAACGGGGUCUGAACCGGGACUGAACCGGGACUAGAAUUGGCUUAAACCAGGACUGGAGCGGAACUAGACCGGAACUAGACCGGAACUAGACCGGGACUAAACCUGGACUAAAACUAGGUCUGAACCAGGUCUGAACUGGGACAAGAGCAGGACUAGCGCAGGACAAAACCAGGACUAGAUCAGGACUGAACCAGGACUGAAAUAGGAAUAAACCCGCUCUGAACUGGGACUAAAGUGAACCGGGAUCAAACCAGGUCUGAACCGGGACUAGACUAGGAUUGAACUUGCUCUGAACUGGGACUAAACUGAACUUGGACUAAACCAGGUCUGAAUCAGGUCUGAGUGAUACUAAGUCAGGACUGAAUUGAACCAGGACUGAGCCAGGUCUAAACUGGAGCUUAACCGGGACUAAACCUGGACUGAGUCGGACCUCAGCCUGGACUCAACUGGGACUAAACCAAGACUCAACAGUUGGUCUAAAGCAAAACUAAACCUGGUCUGGAUGAACCAGGACACCGAAUUACAACUGACCAGGAAAGGAAUGAGAACUAAACCAGGUCUAAAGGACUAAACGAGGUUAAAAUAGGACUAAACCAGGUCUAAUUAGGACAGGACUAGACCAGGUCUAAACCAGGACUUCGUUCUCUGUUUCGUCUCGUGUAAAUAUAGUUCAGUGUAAAAUGUUCCAGAGUUUUCAGAUGUUUAUGACCCGAGGCCUUUUUAUUCCAGUUUUACCAAACAAACCCUGAACGUUUCACACAUCACUGAGAGAUUAUAUAAGAUACCGCCCCCUACAGGUCAGGAUCAGUACUGCAGACACUUUAACUCCACCUACAGGUCAGGAUCAGUACUGCAGACACUUUAACUCCACCUACAGGUCAGGAUCAGUACUGCAGAUACUUUAACUCCACCUACAGGUCAGGAUCAGUACUGCAGACACUUUAACUCCACCUACAGGUCAGGAUCAGUACUGCAGACACUUUAACUCCACCUACAGGUCAGGAUCAGUACUGCAGACACUUUUGCGCCGCGCUUCGCUCUGAUUGGCUCAAAUAUCCCCCAAGGAUUCACAGUUCUCAAAGAUAUUUUCUAUUCCGUUACUUUUUAUAAACACUUUAAAAUGACUUUACUUUAAAUACAUUUGAAAAUAAAUGUAUAAAAAAUAAAAUAAUGGGAUUAGAUUGGUUUAGAAUCAGUAUUGGAGUCUGAAAAUUUACUUUUGUUAUCAUGACACUAGUUUAAAUAUAAUUCUAUAACGUGAAUGUACGACUUUACCAGAGAUUAUAAAAACAAACACAAACAUACACACACACAGACAGAGGGUGUGUGUGGCUCUCGGGAGUUUUGUGGUGCUGAGUUAAAAGUUAAAAGUUUAAUUAAAACUCUGUUGUUUGUUGAUUCUACCUCAAACUCAUGUCCACACAACAUUUGUGUAUUUAUUGUCAUGUUACUCAUUUGUAAUA